AUACGUUUGUAUGUAAGUGGUAUUUUGUCGACUCCUCUCCAGGAACAAAUGAUGCGUAAGAAGCAGGCGCAGCACCUGGACGCCCGCUACGUGACCAUGGUGGAGAACGCCUACUACUACUGCAACCCUCCGCCCAUGGAGAAGACGGUGAAGAAGAAGAGGCCUCCGCUGCAGGAGUACAUCCGCAAGCUGCUCUACAAGGACCUGUCCAAAGUGACCACGGAGAAGGUGCUGCGGCAGAUGAGGAAGCUGCCCUGGCAGGACCCCGAGGUGAAGAGCUACCUGAUCUGCUGCAUGGUCAACAUCUGGAACGUCAAGUACAACAGCAUCCACUGCGUGGCCAACCUGCUGGCCGGCCUGGUGGCCUACCAGGAGGACGUGGGCAUCCACGUGGUGGACGGGGUGCUGGAGGACAUCCGGCUGGGCAUGGAGGUGAACCAGCCCAAGUUCAACCAGCGGCGCAUCAGCAGCGCCAAGUUCCUGGGCGAGCUCUACAACUACCGCAUGGUGGAGUCGGCCGUCAUCUUCCGCACCCUCUUCUCCUUCAUCUCCUUCGGCGUGAACCAGGACGGCAGCGCCAGUCCCCUGGACCCCCCCGAGCACCUGUUCCGGAUCCGGCUGGUCUGCACGCUGCUCGACACCUGCGGCCAGUACUUCGACCGCGGCUCCAGCAAGAGGAAGCUCGACUGCUUCCUCAUCUACUUCCAGCGCUACAUCUGGUGGAAGAAGAGCCUGGACGUGUGGACCAAGGACCACCCGUUCCCCAUCGACAUCGACUACAUGAUCAGCGACACCCUGGAGCUGCUGCGGCCCAAGAUGAGGCUGAGCUGCUCGCUGGACGAGGCCACCAAACACGUCACCGACCUGGAGAGGGAGGUGCUCGUCAAGCUAGGUCUGGCCAUGGAGAAGGACGGCCGCUCCAGCGCCAUGAGCGAAGGCGAGGUUCUGGACGAGGAUGACGACGAGGACGACGAGGAAGGAGGCGCCGAGACCGAGGAGCAGUCGGGCAACGAGAGCGAGAUGAACGAGCAGGAAGAGGACGAAGGAUCGGAGAACGAGGAGGAGGAGCGGGAGGAAGAGGACGAGGAGAACACCGACUAUCUGACCGACUCCAACAAAGAGAACGAGACUGACGAGGAGAACAACGAGGUCACCAUCCGCGGAGGAGGACUGAAGCACGUGGCCUGCGCCGAGGACGAGGACUUCAUCCAGGCUCUGGAUAAGAUGAUGCUGGAGAACCUGCAGCAGCGCAGCGGCGAGUCGGUGAAGGUCCACCAGCUGGACGUGGCGAUCCCUCUGCAGCUGAAGAGCCAGCUGAAGAAAGGCGGCUCCGGCCAGUCGUGCAUCGGCGAGGCGGAGUCGGACAUCUCCGACACCAUGCAGUUCGUCAUGCUGACCCGCAAGGGCAACAAGCAGCAGUAUAAGAUCCUGAACGUGCCGCUGUCGUCCCACCUGGCGGCGAAUCACUUCAACCAGCAGCAGGCCGAGCAGGAGGAGCGCAUGAGGAUGAAGAAGCUGACCCUGGACAUCAACGAGAGGCAGGAGCAGGAGGACUACCAGGAGAUGAUGCAGUCUCUGGCUCAGCGUCCGGCUCCGGCCAACACCAACCGGGAGCGCCGGCCUCGGUACCAGCACCCGAAAGGAGCUCCCAACGCCGACCUCAUCUUCAAGACCGGAGGAAGACGCUGAUCGGAGUCUGGGCCCGGGCUGAGCGAGCGAGCACGAGAACGAAUGAACGAGCAAACGAGAGAGAAAGAGAAAGAGAGCGACAAGAAAAAAACGAGAAGAUCGGAGGGGAAAGCCGGUCGGAGCGGGGACCGAGUCCUCCAAGACGCCCACUGAUGCCGGAUCAGAACCGACCCCUGACCUGAACACUCACUCGAAGCCCGAGGAGGGGGGAGGCAGCGCCGGGGAGGGGGCCGGGGUCGGAGGUCAGGGGUCACACAUGGGCUCUCUUUCUUUUUUGUCUGUUGCCUGAGAUGACAAAAAAAAAUUUAUUAAAAAACACACAACUGUCUGGACGAGAACUGCAAACAUCUGACCGGCAGGGGGGCGGACCGGACCAGGCGGGGCGGACGGAUCGGACCCGCAAAACGUGGAGGGACAACACCGACUCACAUUUAGGAGUUCAAACCUGCGAGUGCACAACAUUUACACGAGACUAGCGACGGGGUUUUGUUUUUGUUUCAUUUUGGACUAGAACCGGGAGACGCGUCUCGGUCUGAGAGGCGGCGCUGGACGGACUGUCGGCCCAGAGCUGCACAGGAGGACGGGAUGUUUUGUUCACGACACACGUGGACGGGUUGAUGAGAAAAAGUGGCUGAUGGGGUGAAAUCUUGUUCUGGAGGCCUCGUUGAUUUACAGAAGCAGAUGUUAGUCGAAACCCCCCAAAAAUAUUCAGUUUGUUUCACAUUUUUUGAUGCUUUUGCUUUAAAAAAAGAAUAAAAUCAACA